AUGAGUUCAUUAGGAGAUGAGGUGAUAGAUAAAGGACCUUUAGAUAUCCAACUACCUAGAGAUGAUACUAUUGGGAGUAGCCAACCGAAGGAUGUUUCAGAAACAGCACUCAUUGAUGAACAAUUGAAUGAACAGCAAUCUGUGAUAAAUGACCAAGUUGAAGAUAUCAUUGAUAAAACAAUGGACAAUUCAUUAACUCCAUUGAUCGAAGAAUCUAACCUGGAAUCGUCCAAAGAUCAAAAUAAUGGAUCAAAUGUUAAGGAAGAGCCAAGAAUCACAUCCGAAGCAGCUUUAGGCACUUCAGCCACAUCAGAUGAUAAAGAUAAUUCUAAGAUAAGUGCAUAUGCUAGAUUAGAUUUUGAUAAUUAUACUUUUUUCGUUCAAACUUUACAGGUGGUUUUAGGGAGAAAAUCCAACGAUGAGUUAUUAAAUGGUAGUCAACAUGCUGUAGACGUGCAUUUAUCAUCUAAGAAAGCCAUUUCACGAAGGCACGCAAAGAUUUUCUAUAACUUUGGUACUCAAAGAUUCGAAUUAAGUAUUAUGGGAAGGAAUGGAGCAUUUGUUGACGAUUCAUUCCUUGAAAAAGGGAUGACUGUCCCAUUGGUAGAUGGAACAAAAAUCCAAAUUGGUGACAUACCUUUCCAAUUCGUUUUACCAUCAAUUGAACUCGAUCAAUUGAAAGACACCUCGAUGACUGCCAAACCAAUUAAUCCUAUUGAUGCCAUAAGUUUGAGAACCAACUUAUAUAAUUCACCUGCUAAGAAAGAUAAAAGAAAAUCUAUACUAGAAAACCGUAGAAAUAGUAUCAAAAUACCGAGAAAGUUAUCCGAAGCUAGAAGGAAAUCUUUGGCAACAGCCACUAAUGAAGAAAUAAGUACCAUAUUAUCAGAAUUAGGAGUCAAAUCCAUUGACGAUAUAGACGAACAAGACCCAGAUUUUGUAGAUGCUCAAAUAAGAGCUAUUCUUGGUGAUGGCCAUGAAUCAGCUAUCAUCGAUGACGAAGAUGAAGACUUAUCUCAUUAUAAUGAAGGGGAAGAAGAUGAGAUUGAUAAAUUAGUCAAACAACAUAACCUUGAACAAGGAGUGGAACUCGAUGAAAGUGUGUUGGAAAGAGAUGAUAAAGACAUUGAUAUGGAUUUAUCAGUAAUUGAUGAAGAGAUUGUGAAUUUGGCACCAUUGAUUGAUGCCCAUAAUCAAGAACUCUUGAGAGAGAAAGAAGAGAGGAAAAGACAACUCGAAGAAGAAAAGAGAUUAAGACAAGAAUACAGGAGUAAUAACUUCUUAACUCAUCAACAGCAAAGAACAGGACCUUUGAUGGGUAAACCUGCCACACCAAGAAUGGGUAAACCUGCAGCUAUCCAACCACCAGCAUCAAGAUUAUAUGGAAGACCACAUUCAAAUAUUCCACCUAAUCUGGUUAUUGAUAGUAGAUUGAUGUCAAUGUCUCCACCACCUCAACAUGCAUAUGGUAGUUACGGAUACAAAAUGGAUCAUAAAUAUUCUCAUCCCCAAGUUCCAGAACUAUUAGUUCCAAUCAGAACUAUCGAACAAAAACCUUUGAAAUCUUCUUAUGAUAUACCUGUGAGGAAAAUAACCACAGGGGUUGAACCUAAAACUCCAAAAUAUUGGGAACCAAGAAUCAUUAGUAAUAAUCCUAUCAUGGUUCCUAAAAUACCUAAACGAAGAAAAGAUAUUUCCACUAAAAAACCCAAUAAGAAUACUUAUACUAUGAAUGAUAUACCUGAACAUUAUCGUACUAAACCAAGUUUAUCAUUCCCAGUUAUUAUUAUCAAUGUUUUGAAGUAUAAGAACGAUACCAAUGGUUUAACUAUCAAUGAAAUAAACGAAGCCAUCAAGGAGGUGUACCCAUAUUAUAAGUAUUGUCCUGAUGGCUGGCAAAGUAUUGUUGUUCACAAUGUUAAAUUGAAUAAAUUAUUCAAGACCAAUUCUGGUAUGUCUUUUGAUUUCGAAGAUAAUGAAAAAUGGAUCAUAGACGAAUCCUUCGUUCAAGAAAAAGAGAUUGUUAGAAAGAAGCAACAAGAAAUUGCCACACAAAAGGCUAAAGAAGCUGCUAUAAGAGCUGAAGAGUUGAAACAAAAACAAAGAUUGGAAAUGCAACAAUCUAUAUCUCAAAAUGUGAUGGGAAAGGAUUUCUCCAAUCAAUACGGAUUACCUUUAAACACUCAUUUAUUAUCACAAUCUCAACAAUAUUCCAAACCAAUGAAUAAUUACAACAAUCAAUAUAAUUCUCAGUUUAAUCAAUAUAACAAUAGCAAUGGCCAAAAACCUAAGACUAUAGCAGAGUUAGCUAGUGAAAUUAGAAGAGAUGGAAUUAUUGGUUCCAAAGCUCCUAUGUAUUUCAAACCUCAAGAAACCAAACCAAAUAAUGGUACCAAUGCAGGACCAGGGUCAGGAUCCCCAACUAACAUUAAAGCACAAUUAGCAGCCAAUAGAUCACAAUAUUCUCAAUCACCAACAGAAGAAUCAAAACCUGGCUCUCCGGCUAUGAAUCAAGAUACAAAAAAAUCAUUGUCCUACCUUCAGAAAGAAUUGUUCACCUUAUACAAAGCAAGGAAAUUAUCCUAUAACACCACCACUACAACAGAAAUCAUUACCAAGGCUUUGGCCACUACUAUAGCUCAAGUUAAUGCCAUUGGUUCUAAAGCUGGUGUUGGUGAUAAUGCUUUGAGUUUCUUGGUUGAUAAAGCACCUCAACAAGUAAGUAAAAUCUUAGAUAUCGCCUUGAGUAAAUCGAUUAAAGAAAAACAAGGUAUUUUAUCAUCAUCAAAACCAGCAAGUACUAGUGCAACACCAGGAGCUUCUACAAUUUCCAGUCCUAAGAUCAAUACGGUUGACAUCGACAGUGCAUCUCCAAUUAGUGCCAUUGCUCAACAAGCUAAUUCACCUAUUAAAGACAAAUCCGAUGAAAAAUCAGGAGGAUUAGGUAAACCACCCGCAAUUAACAAAGAUUCUAAAUCCAAUUUGGUCAGACCUCCCAGUUUCAAACCAUCAACGGGAUUAUCUAAACCACCAUUUAUUUCUACUAAACCACCUUCAAGACCAGGGUAUGGAGGCAAGCCUCCAGCUUUAGGUGACAAAAGACCUAAUGAAGAUGCUAAUAACGAACAACAAUCAUCAAACAAAUCAGCAAAGACGGAAGGUACCACACCAGAUAAACCUUCUGUUUAA